AUGCCUCGACGAUCAUCUCGGCCGGCUCCUGCGUCGCCGCAAGCGCCCCAGGCGGCGCCAAAGCGACGCGCCUCAGCCAGGCUGUCCGCCUCGGAGGCCGAGGUCAAGCGAGUCAAGUCCAACACCGAUCUGGGCAGCCAGGUCAAGUCCACGACCAAGAAGAGCAAGUACUUCGAGCCCGAGAGCUCCGACGAGGAGCCGACCAGCGAGACUGAUGAGUCCGGUUCUGAUUAUGAGGGGCAAGACGCGGAGUCGUCGGACGAGCCUUCGGAGCCGGAGGAAGAAUCCGAGAGCGAGGACACCAAGAGCGUGAAGAGCGGCCGUGCCAAGGGCAAGCAGGGACGGGGAAAGGACCAGGACGCCGUGGAGGCAUCGCUGAAGGGCAAGGAGCUCUGGCGCGAGGGUGUUCGCACUGGCUUGGGGCCCGGAAAGGAGGUCUUUAUUCCCAAACCGAAGGCGCGCGAUGCCGGAGGUGUGCCGUACGAGGACGAGACGCUGCACCCCAAUACGAAGCUGUUCCUGCUGGAUCUGAAAAAGAACAACGACCGGCAAUGGCUCAAAGGUAGCGAGCAAGCUGACUGGGUUUUCUCCGCAGCGCAUGACGCCGAUUACCGCGCGGCAAAGAAGGAUUUCGAGACGUUCGUCGAAGCCCUGACGCCCAAGAUCGCGCAACAGGAUGCCACCAUCCCUGAACUGCCGGUCAAGGACCUGGUAGGCGCAUCGCUCCUUCUGUCCUGGCACCGACAAGACGCUGACCGAGGCUAG